AUGGUGACAGAAACUAUUCAUCAAGAUAACGGUGAGUCAAAUGAUCUGAAUUCAGACGAAGCUAUUCAAGCCCAACAAGAAGCCAUUGAAAGUGAUUUACUGAAGGAGAAGUAUCGGGGAAUCCGCCGACUUCGUCGAGACGGGAAUUGUUUCUAUCGUGCAUUUGGUUUCGCCUACAUGGAACAUCUGUUGACUGGAAAACGGAUCAAGGAGGCUGCACGCUUAAAACGAAAAUGUGACGAUUGCCGUGAUACUCUUCUAUCGUUGGGCUACACACAAUUCACUGUGGAAGAUUUUCACGAGCAAUUUACGGCGAUGAUCGAUCGAUUCAGCACGGAGGGGGCCACGCUACAGGAGUUGGAGGAGACGUUUAACAACCAAGCCUAUUCAGAUUACUACGUUGUCUUUCUGCGUCUUUUAGUUUCUGCAUUCAUGCAGAAGCAUGCGGUUUUUUACGCCAAUUUCAUCGAUGAAGGUCGAACCAUCAAUCAGUUUUGUGAAACAGAAGUUGAGCCAAUGGCCCGCGAAUCAGACAAUAUUCAUGUCGCUGCCCUUGCAUUGGCCGUCGGCUUACCUAUUGCUAUCGAAAAUUGUCAGCAAUCUGGCGAGUUGAAUAGAAUUGAGUUUCCUGCUGAGGUGGACCAUCUCUCAACCGACAAAGGUACAGAAAAGUCACAAAAAGAGGACAAUCCAGCUACCGAGGCUAGUGAAGACUCCUAUUCUAUCCCAUCCUUACCCCCAGUCACCCUACUUUAUAGACCUGGUCAUUAUGACAUUCUCUAUCGAAAGUAA